CAGCGGCUUACAGACUAGUGAUAGACCACUGUGUUGUGCAGGAACAGGCACGACAUAGCUGAAAACCGCCAGCGGAACAAAUGAAAACGAAAACUGCUCUUUCAUGUGGAUUAAUUCAGGAACGAGACACUCAAUCGAAGCGAGAAGCUUUUUAAGCGAUUUUGGAGCGACUGACGAGGAUUUGGAUAUUAGCUCCUGUACGAGGACACCGCCGAAUGGUUUCUCUUGCCCCGCCGCUAAGGUUGCUGGCUAAGAGAAACUGCCAAUAAUGCAAGACACCUGCUCUGCAGCCACACCCACUUCCUGCCUGUAGAGGAAGCGGCUGUGCCAGCAUGUCCUCUCAUCCCCAGUCCGUGCCGCCGGGCCGGAGAACUGUGGACACACGGCACCUGCCAAACCCUGCCAGUCUACCACUGCAGCUGCAGCGGGCACACACGGAGGUGGGACUGGUUGACUACCACUCUCAUCAUGCCAGGGACUACAGCUCCCACCUGGCCCAGCCCCAUCGCCGUCGGCCCUCCUUACUCUCAGAGUUUCAGCCUGGGAAUGAGAGAGGACAGGAGCAGCAUAUCCGCUAUGAGCACAUGUACCUGCCAGAGCCCAGCGGCCAGUCAGAGGUGGAGUAUGCGGAGAUCAAAAGGCCUCGUUUAGAGAUGGGACCAGAGUCUCUGAUGAGGCCUUCAUCCCACCGGCAACAACUGCCUCUGGGAGGGGGUGACGAUAUGGCAAAGGAUCGAGCAAGCUCCAUGGGGAAGCUGGAGCCAAUCUCCCCUGUGAGCCCAGUCCAUAUGGACCCUGACUUGGAUCUGGUGCCGGCUCGCUUCUCCAAGGAGGAACUGAUCCAGAACAUGGACCGCGUGGACCGGGAGAUCACCAUGGUGGAGCAGCAGAUCUGCAAGCUUCGCAAAAAACAGCAACAGCUGGAGGAGGAGGCUGCGAAGCCACACGAGCCAGAGCGGCCCAUCUCACCGCCACCCAGCGAGGCCAAGCACCGCAGCCUGGUGCAGAUCAUCUACGAUGAGAACAGGAAAAAGGCAGAAGAGGCUCACAGGAUACUGGAGGGACUGGGACCCAGGGUGGAACUGCCUCUGUACAAUCAGCCUUCUGAUACCAAGCAGUACCAUGAGAACAUCAAAAUAAACCAGGCGAUGAGGAAGAAGCUCAUCCUAUACUUCAAGAGGAGAAAUCAUGCUCGUAAGCAGUGGGAACAGAAGUUUUGUCAGCGCUAUGACCAGCUGAUGGAGGCUUGGGAGAAGAAGGUGGAGCGCAUCGAAAGUAACCCACGGCGCCGAGCCAAGGAGAGCAAGGUGCGGGAGUACUACGAGAAACAGUUCCCGGAGAUCCGUAAGCAAAGAGAGCUGCAGGAGCGCAUGCAGAGCCGUGUUGGGCAGAGAGGAGGGGGGCUGACCUCGUCUGCAGCUCGCAGCGAACAUGAGGUCUCCGAGAUCAUUGAUGGAAUAUCAGAGCAUGAGAACACGGAGAAGCAAAUGCGGCAGCUUGCGGUAAUCCCUCCCAUGCUGUUUGACGCUGAACAGCAACGCAUCAAGUUCAUCAACAUGAAUGGACUGAUGGAUGACCCCAUGAAGGUGUACAAGGACCGGCAGGUUAUGAACAUGUGGAGCGAGCAGGAGAAGGACACUUUCAGAGAGAAGUUCAUCCAGCACCCCAAAAAUUUUGGUCUGAUUGCGUCUUUCCUGGAGAGAAAGACGGUCGCGGAGUGUGUGCUCUUUUACUACCUGACCAAAAAGAAUGAAAACUAUAAGAACAUAGUGCGGAGGAACUACAGACGCCGAGGAAGGAGCCAGCACGGCCAGCAGCAGCAGCAACAGCAGCAACAAGUGCAACGCGGCAGCCAGGAAGAGAAGGAGAAGGAGGAAAAAGAGAAGGAAGGAGAGAGGGAUGAAGAAAAAAAUGAAGCCGAAGACAAGGAAGAUGGAAUGAAGGACGACACCUCUGGAGAAGAUGCAGAGGACAAAGAGCCCACUGUGGCUUUCAAGGGUCGACGCACAGCCAACAGCCAGGGGCGCCGCAAGGGUCGCGUCACUCGCUCAAUGACCAGUGAAGCUGAGGAGACCACCACGCCGCCACUCAACAAUGAGCUCGCGAAUCUGGAAAUGAAUGAGAGCUCUCGCUGGACUGAAGAAGAGAUGGAAACUGCCAAAAAAGGCCUUCUCCAGUAUGGUAGGAAUUGGUCAGCCAUCGCCAAGAUGGUGGGGUCCAAAACUGUGUCACAGUGCAAGAACUUCUACUUCAACUACAAGAAAAGGCAGAAACUGGAUGAGAUUCUGCAGCAGCAUAAAAUGAAAUCGUGUGGGUUUGUUUUGACCCAGGAGAAGGAGCGAAAGGCCCGCCGUAAGGGCAAAGCCCUGCAGAAUGAGACCAGUGCCCAGUAUACUGCAGAGGAGGAGGAGAUGGAGGGAUCGGGAGCUAGUGGAAAUGAAGAAGAGGCCCCUGAAGAUGGAGAAGGUGGAGCCAACAACAGCUCUGACACAGAGAGCUUGCCCUCGCCACACUCAUCGGAGGACAGCAAGGCUAAGGAGGAAGGCUCAAACAGGUCAAAGGCCAGCUCCACCGCCGGGGACAAGGAGGCGGGUGGGUCAGACUCGGGCCAGGCCGGGGAAGAAAAACCUCCGGUAAAGGAAGAUGCAGAGUCAGCAAUUAAGCAGGAGAUAAAGACUGAGACAGGGGAGCCCAACAAAGAGCAGCUGCAGCCAACAGCAUCCAGCGAUGCCAUAGAUAAAAAACCUCCCACUGCAGAGAUGGAGGAAGUCAAAAGCUCCACAAAGAGCUCCAAGAAGGACCAUGGGCCCAAAACAGGUUCCCAUGGGGACAGCGACUCUAGUGCCACUUGCAGCGCUGAUGAAGUGGAGGAGACAGACAACACAGACAAGAACAGAAUGACUUCUCCACGGCCAAGUCUACUGAACUACACACACGACGGGGUCAUAUCCUCCCCACUGCCGAAGCCCAUGGACCUGAAACAGCUCAAACAGAGAGCUGCUGCUAUACCACCUAUUAUGCCAGAAGCUUCCAUGCAAGGCAGUCAGCGAAGCGGAGGUGGCAAGGCAGUUCUUCCCCCACAUGCCCUGGCAUUGUACCAGCAACAGAUCACAAUGGCUCACGGGGAGUCCUCUCAGGAGGUCAAAAUGCAGCAGCAGCAGCUUUCAGGCCAGCCAGGCAAACAGCAGCCUUACAGCUUGCAGGCAGACCGAGAAAGGGAGACUCAUCGCAGCAGCAGUCCUCGUAUGCGCCCGCGCAGCCCCUCCGCUGGUGACAAGGAUGAGCUGGAAGGAAACGAGAGGUGGUUACUGACCCUCCUGCAGGGAUUAAAAAAGUCCCGGUCUUUCUCUCCGCACGGUGAAGCCAAGAAGCAGACACUGGGCCCUGAUGACUUGAGAUCAUCAAACUUGGGUCGACCAGUUCUCUCCCCCUACCCCAUGUCCCCACGAGACAUGGCCAAGAUCAGUCACGACCAACACCUUCUCCACUUCAACUCGUUCCAGCAAACAGGCCACCCCUCCCUCCCUAAUCUGCCACAGGACAGUGGGAGGCUGGCAGCAGUGAGGCCCCUCACAAUGCCAGAGCCUCCACCGCUCAUUUCCUCCACCAAGCCAGGAGGCUCCAUCACACAGGGCACCCCAGUGCAGUUGCACAGCCCAGCUCAUGGGUUGGACCACGGGAAGAUGACCCCCACACAGAUGGGGUUGUCAUGGAUGGAUCAGAGGAAAGUGGGAGGUCCUUUCCCCGUGAUAAAGCAGGAGCAGUUGUCCCCUCGGAGCUCGUCCUCUCAGGCAGACAACAUGUCAACCCAAGGCUCCCCUCAUGAUGGUUCUGCUGGACGUGGUUCUAUUCCAGCUGUUCAGGGGGGUAGCAUCACUAAGGGCAUCCCAGGGACCAGAAUGCACCCAGAUUCCUCAGUCUCCUACCGAGGGGGCUCCAUUACUCAGGGGACACCGGCUGAUGUGCUGUAUAAGGGAACCAUAACCCGUCUGAUCACAGAGGACAGCGCCAGCCGAGCUGAGAGGGAACGUGAUGAGGCACUGUCUAAAGGCCAUGUGCUCUACGAGGGCAUCAGUGGGCACAUUCUCACAUACGACCGCCCACCUUCACAGACCCCUAAAGAUGAGGGCCGAGGCCCCGGGCAGUCUGGGGAAAUCAUGGGCCUCAAGCGUCCUUAUGACAUAAUGGAGGGAGGCAUCUCUAGAGGACUGCCUAUGAGGGAUUCACUGUCUGCUGCCAACUGUGAAGGUCUGAUUGUUCGAGCCAUGCCUCAUGAUAGGGACAGUCCCCACCACACACCUUACAAGGAUGCUCAUCACAUCCGUGGCUCCAUCUCUCAAGGUAUACCUCGUCAUCUGGACCCUCAGGAUGGCUACCUGAGGAGGGAGGCUAAGCAGAUGAAGAGAGAGGGCUCCCCACCCCGCGGUCCCAGUUCACUUUCAGACCCAAUGAAGGGCAGAGAGGCCAUGGUGCCUACGGUAAAGGAGGGUGGUCGCUCCAUCCACCUCAUUCCCAGGGAGGAGCUCAGACAGACAGCCAAGGAGGGCAUUCAGGGAACACCCAUGAAGCAGGAGGCAGCUGGUUCAGGGAAACGUCACGAUGUCCUCUCAAUCAUAGCCAGCGCACCACGUUCCUACCACAAUGCACCCUCCCACAUGGACAUGCGUGCUGAGAGGGGCCGAUACGAAGAGGCACCGAAAGGGCGCCCCAGCGCAGUGGUCAGUACGGCAAGCCCUAUCGCUCGCUCUUCUCCCCUUACACUGGGGCCAGAGCAGGGAGGCAAGGCCCAUCAUAGUCCAGUUGGCUACGAGGACAAAAGCGCCUUAAGGAACCCUUACCCUGGGCCUUCGCACCGUGGCUCCCCUCUGUCCAGGGAGGCAAGCCAAAGGCAGCAUGAUGGUUCCAGUAAGAAUCCGCCUCAGGAGCGCAAAGCCACACCGACCCCCAGGGAAAUGAGUGCCACCAAAUCACCACUCCCAGGUGUUCCAGAUCAGCAGACCUAUGAGCGUCUGCUGCAGGGUCUCGGGGCUGCAGACGUGUAUCGUCAAAUCCCCAUAGCCUUCGAUCCUGCGGCGCUGCCCCGUGGCAUCCCCAUUGACCCAGCAGCCUACUACUUGCCUCGCCACCUAGCGCCCAACCCGGCGUACCCUCAUCCCUACCCCUACCUCAUCCGUGGCUUUCCUGAUACUGCGGCCCUGGAAAACCGCCAGACGCUGCUCAACGACUACAUCACCUCCCAGCAGAUGCACCAGUGGCCUGCAGCUGCUGCCAUGGCCGCCCAGCGCUCGGACCUGCUGAGGGGCCUUACUCCACGUGACCAACCCCUGCCUCUGCCCUACUCUGCAGCCCCACGUGGGAUCAUCGAUCUUUCUCAGGUGCCACACUUACCUGUCCUGGUCCCUCCCUCUGCAGGGGCAGCUGGCUCCCCAAUGGAUCGCAUCACCUACAUCCCCGGGGGAAGCACCACCUUCCCUGGCAGGCCUUACAACACCUCCCCCAUCUCACCUGUUGGGUCCUCGCACAUGAACAAGAUGCAAGGUGCAUCCUCAGAGCGCGAGCGUGAAAGAGACCGCGAACGUGACAGAGAGAGGGAGAGGGACCGGGAAAGAGACAGAGAGCGGGAGAGAGAGAGGGAGCGUGAACGUGACAGAGAGAGAGAUCGGGAAAGGGAGCGGGAGAGGGAUCGGGAGAGAGAAAGGGACCGGGACAGGGAGAGAGACAGAGAUAGAGAGCGUGACAGAGAGAAGGGUGGCUCUCUUGGAAACGUGGAGCACGCCCCCAUCUGGCGACCAGGUACAGAACACAGCUUGGCGAGCAGUAGCAGCAGCAGUGUGCGACCUUCCUCCCAGCCAUAUAGCCACCAGCACUCCCCAGUGUCCCCUCGCACCCAGGAGAACGUGCAGCAGAGGCCAAGUGUCCUGCACAACACUGGAGGCAAGAGUCUUUCUGUCAGCGACUCUGUGUUUCGGUCCAUGUCCUCAGGGUCGUCCCGCUACCAAGGUUACCCUGGCCACCUCCAGAGGACAGGUGUGCCCCCUGAGGCCUACCCACCUGCCAUGGACUCAAGUGUAGCCAAAGAGCAGAGUCGCGACGGAGGCAAAAACAGGAGCGGUCUACCCAAACACGUGCAGGAUCAGCACGGGCCCUCCAGUAAAUCUGACCCCAAGCUGUCCUGCCCCAGCCCAGGAGUAAUGUACCCAGGUUCCUAUCCCUCGGUCUCAGGCCGGCCCCAGCACCUGCUGCCUCCCCAGUCGGAUAACCAGCCUGGCCGUGGAGAAAGCGGUACACCUAGUAGGGAAAAGACUCAAAACAAACCGAUGUCCAUUCAGGAACAAGAGCUCCGAGCACUCGCUCAACAGAAGAUGGAGCCACUCGGUCUGUACCGUCCUCCGUCUCAGGAGAGACUGUCUCCAGGCCAACAGCCCCCGUCCCCCUGCGUUAAAGGCAGCCAGAGGGUGGUCACCCUGGCACAGCACAUCAGUGAGGUGAUAACUAAAGACUACACCAGGCAGAGCCAGCAGCAGCAGCAGGGCUACCACGGCUCUCCUGUCCUGGACUUGACCCGUCCACCUAGUGCCUCCCAGCCCCCACCCACUUCACAGGAGUCUGCCCAAGGGUCCCGAUAUCCAGAGGGCCUUGGCGGAGAACGUAACAGAGACCGGUCUCCUCCUCAGUCCAAGACAUCACCCGUUUCAAAUGAUGGCAUAGAACCAGUGUCUCCUGCUGGAGCCGGCUCUGAACCUGAGGUCCAGGGAGGAAUCUCCUACUCCGAUCAGGGAGAGUCAGGAAUGGGCUCCCGUUCUCCUCCCAAUGCCUCCCAGCCUCCGGCUUUCUUCAGCAAGAUGACCGAGAACAACUCUGAAAUCAUGAAGUUAAAGAAACAGGAGAUGAUCAAGAAGAUGGCGGUGGUGGGAAAUGAGGGUGAUUUCAACGCUGGUCAGCCAGGAACAGAGAUCUUCAAUAUGCCAGCGUCUACAACUGCAGGACCUGUGAGUGUCCGCAGCCAUCCGCCUCCAGAGACACCUGGAAACUCGAUAGGCCUGGAGGCCAUUAUAAGAAAGGCCUUGAUGGGCAACUACAACGAGUCUGAGGAGCGCUCUCCAUCCAACGCAGCUAACCCGAUGGGUUCAGGUGUGUCUGCUGGAAUGGCUGACGGACGCCCUGAAGACUUUUUCUCACAAGGUGGGGGAAAGUCCUCAAAGGGCAGUGGGCGCUCUAAUGGGCGGAAAGCCAAAUCUCCAGGACCAGGCAUGUCAGGGGGGGAGAGACCAUCCUCUGUGUCCUCAGUUCACUCUGAGGGAGACUGCAACAGACGAACUCCUCUUACCAACCGAGUGUGGGAGGAUCGGCCUUCAUCCACAGGUUCGACUCCAACUCCCUUCCCAUGUAACCCGCUGAUAAUGCGUUUCCCAAGCGGGACGGUGUCCGCUCCCUCUCCCUCCUCCGGCCAACUUGGGGGCCAGCAGGGCCCGGGGCCAGGACCCGGACAGGGCCGGUCCUGGGAGGAGGAGCCCAAGCCUCUGCUCAUGUCCCAGUACGAGACCCUGUCUGACAGCGAGUGACCCCCAAGCCUAUCGUACCACAAGACCCGCUAACAUUCAACCAACUCUGUGCUGCUGAAGCCACACACACACACACACACACACACACACACACACACACACACACACACACACACACACCUCUGCUGGGGCAUCUGCAAACCUACCCGCACCAUUCCACUCUGCAUUUCCUCCGUCAAGCAAGGAUCGUGUCCUUUCACACACCUGAAACGCCAAGCAGCGGCGAGCUGAGACACUGCUGCUCCGUGUGUGCGUGUGUGUAUGUUUGCACUUACGUGUUAUGCAUUCACUCCAGGACUACUCAAAAGGACAAAUCACUUUUUUUUUUUUUUUUUUUUUUUACUUUACUACUUUUCCUCACUGGCCUUAUCAAUAUAGACACAUUGACCUGCACCUUUUGGGUGCACCGCUCUAAUGUGCUAACACUUGUGUGGAAGGGACUCCGAGGUCGUGUCUUUGUUGUCGGUCAGGUCAGGGAGCCUGAUGACGGCUGCUAUUGUGACAGAUUUUGGAGCGCAGAUCUGACCUGAGAGCAGCCGCGGCCCCUCACAGCGAGGACCCUCUCACGUUUCUCACGGUGAACUCCAGGUGCAGGCGGCCUGUGCACUGCUACCACUACAAGAACACGUGCGAAGGAGGGGGCGAGGAGAAUCAACAUGUUUUUUUCUUUUUACUUUUCUUGGUUCAGUUCUUUCUUUUUCUCCUUUUAAAUUCAGUCCAGUCCUGUGUUUGGAACGUGAGCUGAGACCUUUAGUACAUUUUGAUGGUGAACUUUUGAUGGUGUCAUUUGUUGUCUAUUAUCUGCAAUGAUGUAUCUUUUUUGGGGGCGGGGGGCAAAGAUUGUUAUGCGGGGAGGGUCAUAUCAUUGGUUUACAGGGUAAACAUGCUGUUGCUGAUGUCGUCAUAUAUUAAGGGGGUGGGAGGUGGGGGGGGUUCUGAGGAACGGCGAAGGCCUGUUGACUUCAGGCAUCCAUGUGGGGAGAUGAUUUGCCAGAUGGAUGGCACUGAAACAAGUGACACUUUCUCACUGUUUUUAUAUUAAUCAUGUCUGUGUUUGUUGAAACAGUUUUUGGAUAUUAAGCACUUAGUUGUCAGUCUGUUCACAAUGGCAUUUUUAAGGAUCUGUGUUUCCUGGGGCAGGUGAAAAAAUGGACUCAAGAACAGCAUAGAAAUCCCACUGUGGAGGUAUCCUUUAACACCUAUCUGUUUAUUUUGGUCCCACCACCGAUUUAGUCUUUCUCGCUCCCACACUCAAAGCGACAAUCACAUUUUAGUGAACGACGAUGAAGCCGCUUCGAGCAGGUGCAGACCAACCUUAAAGCUGCUUAAAGGCAAACUCCUCAGCAUCACUUGGGAGUUUGCUCGCAUUAAUGAGGUGACAAAUAAAGCCAUCUUUCUAUGACACUUGGUCCAUGGCGGUGUCAGUUUCAGCUUGCCCGCUAGAAUCCCGUCUAGGAGCUGUUGUGACGGUCCGACCUCUGACCUUUUACUGCCUAGAGGAGGAGCUGUGACGCCAACUCCUCAUCCAGGCAGAUUUUGUACAGUUAUGAGAUAUUCCUAGUGUUAAGUGCCAUUUAUUUUACAUAUACAGUACUGAAGUUACCAAGUGACGCACAAUUUUUCUUUUUGACCCCCAUGACAGGGUUUAUACUGUCCACGCAGGGAAAUCUGAAAACAAAAUGAAACGUCCUCUUUAAAAAAAACAACUAAAAAAAACUUUAAAAAAACCAAACAUUUCGUGUGCAUUUUUUUCUUUGCUUCCAAAUCCAUCACAGCCUUAGAUUUUAACUGGUUCAUUAGACGACAGCUUACCUGGGCCUGCAUCAAGUUUUCUCCACCAUGAGACCUAUGACAUACUUCAAGUGUACUUCAUUUCACCUCAUGUUUGUACCGUUCAGAGGAAGUCGAGGGGGAAGGCAUUCAAAAGCAUUCUGGUAGUUUUAUAUAAGUUGACAUGUCACAGUUUUCUGCAGUAUUUUAAAGGUCACCCUCUGUGUAAAUGAUGUGAAAUGUUCCCAGCUUGUGACUUUGUGCACCCAGGGACAAAUGCUGUCCUCUGACCGAAAGCUCUGAGGCGAUGGCUGAGACCUUGUUUGGUGGUUUAGAAAGACUUACCUCUCUAUAUCUAGUUCAUUUUGUCACGGUGGAUUAUCACAAACAUGACUGUUAUAGGACUACCUCCUCUCCCUCCUUCACCCUACCUGUCAAUGGUGACCACACCUCCUCAGCCAUGUUUUAGGUCUGAUUUUUUUAAUUUUUUUUUUAUUAUCAAGACUGAUUGAGGGUUUGUAAUUUUCAUCAGGCAAGGUAAAUAUACAGCCAGGCUCUCUGUGUGUAUUUCAUUUAUCCAUUGAUGAAAUUUAAGAAUGUGAUGGUAAACAGACAAAGCCAUAUCCAGCUGUUCCCUAAACCGAUGACGGACUAAUACGUUGUUUUUAAAAAGUAUACUGAAAUGAAUUUUAACGUGCAUUCAUUUUGUUAUUGUUCUCACAAGUUUGUUUUGAUUUUUCAAUCAUGUCCCAAAUCUUAAAGUAAUCAUUCAAAACGUGAAAAGACAAAGUUGAUUUCUGAUGUGUUCCCUGGACUCUCUAAGUGGGGGUGGGGGGGGAUUGACAUAUACAGUACAUUGUUCAACCAUUUUGUGCAUAAUGAUUUUUUUUUUUUUAUUAUAACCCACUGUAUAAUAGCAAGGAUUGUAUAUAAAACUGAAGAGAUGUAAAUAUUUAUGUGGCUUGCUUCAAGGUUGGUAUUACAAAAAAUAAAAAAUAAAAGAAAUAUUCACAUGGUUAAAUUCUACAUGCCCACCAGCAAGCUUUGUGGAUAGCAGUGUAAAAAUGAAAAACAAAAAAGACACUGCCUUAAUGUUUAAAUAAAAAGCUUAUUGCCAUU